AUGACGAAACAUAAAUCAAUCGGAACCCCAGAACAUGGCAAUUUAGACCAUGAAGUCCGCAGGAGGUGUGACGGAGCCAAUCCAUGCAGUCGGUGCAAGACACACAAUACUAUCUGCUUCUUUGGGAAGAAGACGAAACCUCAUUACCAGAUGUAUCCCCAGGGAUAUGUCAACCGACUCGAACAGCAAGAGCAGUACCUAGUCUGUGGACUUCGAAUAUUGUAUCGACAAGCUUGCAAUUGCGGAGCCUGGCCUGGCGAGCCCCUGAAGUGUGAAUUAAAUGGACAUCCUCUUACACACGACAUGCUGACGCGGCUUGGGGCAUUGGAUUAUGACAAGAAUGCAGUACUUGAUAAGAGUGAAGACACCAUGCUACAGGAAUGCCGGAAGAAUAAAGGUCAUACGCAGCUUCCAGUCUUCUCGAAUAGUAGCCCGAACAGCGUACAAUCGCUGGCACUUUCAUUGCAUUUUUCAGAUCCCUCUCAGCGACAAAUACCGGCUAAGCUGUCCGCAAUCAGUGAUACGUUGCCAGCGCAGAGCCCGAGAGCACUCAUAAAUGCUGAAAUAUCUUCCAACCCCCAUGAAAUACUUACACCAGCAUCGAUGGAAGAAGUUAUCUGUGCCUGCCCAGUACAAGACCCGCCAGAUUGGAUGGCUUUUGGCUCGAUUCCUUCCGACAGAAUGGAUACGCCAGCCGCUGCCCAACAAACAGACCUCUAUUUCGAUUUCGAAACAUGCCCAACUAUGCUUAAUUACCAAUUACCCACCGAUGGUAUUGAGUUGCCGGAUAAUCCUGAUAGUUUUGACUUACUGUGUGGCUGA